AUAUAUUCACAGACUUCCUGUUGUUGAUUCUUUCUUUCUUUUCAGAAUCAGAGGCCCAGAAGUUAGUAAACCAAAAAACCACUUUGGAUGGUUUACAUGAGCUAAGGUGGUGGUAAAUUUGUUGUGAUAAGCUCGAUCUACAGUUGACAGUCAAGAAAUGGGUCGUUCAGUUCAUUCAAACGACGACGAACAUGAAACGAAGGACAUUGCAAGCGUGACAUCAUCACGCAGGCAUGGAAGUGGUGAAACUAUGCACAAGGUCGGACCACCUUCCAAGAAUAAUCUGAUGAAAGAAUUCAAAACCACAAUGAAGGAAACUUUCUUUUCUGAUGACCCUUUACGGCCUUUUAAGGACCAACCAAGAUCAAGAAAGUUUGUCCUAGGACUCCAAGCUGUCUUCCCAAUUCUCGACUGGGGAAGAAGCUAUAACUUUGCCAAAUUUAAAGGAGAUCUCAUUGCAGGUCUCACUAUUGCUAGUCUGUGUAUUCCCCAGGAUAUUGGGUAUGCCAAGCUUGCAGGUUUGCUUCCACAAUACGGGUUAUACUCAAGUUUCGUUCCACCAUUGAUUUACGCCUUCAUGGGGAGUUCAAGGGAUAUCGCAAUCGGACCUGUAGCUGUUGUAUCUCUUUUGUUGGGAACGCUACUCCAGGCUGAGCUUGAUCCCGAGUUAAACCCAAUAGAAUACCGUAAUCUUGCAUUUACGGCUACCUUUUUUGCUGGAGUUUUUCAAUUCACUCUUGGGUUUCUCAGAUUAGGAUUCCUGAUCGACUUCUUGUCCCAUGCUGCAAUUGUUGGGUUUAUGGGGGGUGCAGCAGUCACAAUAGCACUUCAACAAUUAAAAGGAUUGCUCGGCAUUAAGAAUUUUACUAAGAAUGCUGACAUUAUUUCUGUUAUGAAGUCAGUAACGAGUUCAGCACGUCAUGGAUGGAACUGGCAGACUAUACUCAUAGGUGUAUCAUUCUUGGCUUUCCUACUUACCGCGAAAUAUAUAGGAAAGAAGUAUAAGAAACUGUUCUGGGUUCCUGCAAUUGGUCCUUUGAUCUCAGUUGUUGUGGCGACCUUCUUUGUAUAUAUUACCCGUGCCGAUAAGGAUGGUGUUCAAAUAGUAAGACAUAUAGACCAAGGUAUCAAUCCAUCAUCUGUAAAAAGUAUUUACUUUACUGGUAAAUAUCUUACCGUUGGAAUUAGGAUCGGUGCAGUGGCUGGUAUGGUAGCUUUGACGGAAGCUGUAGCGAUCGCCCGAACAUUUGCAGCCAUGAAAGAUUAUCAAAUAGAUGGUAACAAAGAAAUGGUGGCACUUGGAACAAUGAACAUUGUUGGUUCAAUGACAUCCUGUUAUGUAGCUACAGGUUCCUUCUCUCGCUCCGCUGUGAAUUACAUGGCUGGUUGCAGAACUGCUGUUUCCAACAUCGUGAUGGCUAUUGUUGUUAUGCUAACACUUUUAGUUAUCACACCCCUAUUUAAGUACACCCCAAAUGCUAUUCUUGCCUCUAUCAUUAUAUCUGCUGUCGUUGGAUUAAUGGACUACGAAGCAGUAAUUCUCAUCUGGAAGAUCGAUAAAUUCGACUUCUGUGCUUGCAUGGGGGCGUUUUUUGGUGUUGUUUUCAUCGGUGUUGAAAUGGGGCUUUUAAUCGCUAUCGCAAUAUCCUUCGCCAAAAUCCUCCUACAAGUAACAAGACCAAGGACAGCAGUACUUGGGAAACUCCCAAGAACAACAGUUUACAGGAAUAUCGAGCAAUAUCCCGAAGCUUCCAGAGUUCCAGGCGUUCUGAUCGUGAGGGUGGAUUCAGCAAUUUACUUUUCCAACUCCAACUAUAUUAAGGACAGGAUUUUGAGAUGGUUGACUGACGAGGACGAACAACUAACUGCCAAAGGUCUACCACAAAUCCAACACGUGAUUGUUGAGAUGUCACCUGUUACGGACAUUGACACGAGCGGCAUUCAUGCACUUGAAGAUUUACAUAAGAGCCUCCAUAAGAGAGAUAUUCAGCUCAUCCUAGCCAACCCUGGGACAGCAGUGAUCGACAAGCUCCAUACAUCUAAACUCGACGAUGUAAUUGGCCAUGACAAAAUCUUUCUUACAGUGGCAGACGCUGUCCGAAGCUGCCAUCCAAAGAGUACAAUCGACGAAGUGUGAAAAGCUCAAGUGUGAAAUUUGUGAUGCAGAAAAUGCUGGUUUGAUUAUUUGGAUCUUCCCGCGUGAAGGUGAAUUUGUUGGAAGAACAUGAUGGUGACAAAAGUGAUUGAGAAUUAUCAGUUUGAGAUUUUGGGUGAAAUAACUGUGAUUAACCUUGUAAUGUUCCUUUUCCUUUCUUCUCUUCUCUUGUGUUUAUAUUUUCUGGUCAUGAAAAUGUUCAUAUCUCAGUUCGUACUCCAACAGGGAACCCAUGUAAUAUAAACUUUGAGAUGAUCAUUAUAUAUCAAUAUAUAUAUAUAUA